GAGUACGAUGCUCCAAAACGAACACAACAUAUUUAACAAAAGCUUUCAAUCACGACUAAAAUUGUUGCAGGAAUUCUGAAUGCGAAAAAUGCUGGCAAAGGCUCUCAAUGCUCCUCAAAUUUCCUUAACAGGGCUGCAAAGUAGAGAUCAUUUAUGCAGUGGAGUCGUGGGUCGACGGCGGGUUAGAAAUGCCCGUCUUUUGAUAUCAACAACAGUGAAGCAAUCUUCAUCAACUAUGAAGAAAAAUUCCACCUGUUUGUGCGUUGCAAAUGCCGAAAAAGUUGAGAAUGCUUCGACAUCUACAACUACAGAAACCUCAUUUCCUGUCAUGUUAAGUUGUUUAAUUAUUGGGUAUUCUAUAUUUGAAAGCUGAUACGGUUUAGGGUUUAACGCAUUUCAUUGCUGUAUGAGGUAUUUUGGAUGUUGUCAAAGUGUAGGAAUUUUUUAGUUUUCUUGCUAAAGCAUGCCUAUGAAUGUAUAAUGCACAUUAUUCUGGUAUGCUAAUUUGAAAGCUGGGUUUCGGUUGGGAAGGCAAGUUUUGGGGUUUUCUUGCAAAAACUUAUUGUGUUCAUGUAAGUUAGGUUUCGUUGCUAAAUGCUCUGUCUUGAAAUCUGCAAGGGUUUAAGGUUUAAUGCCUUUAUUGUGUUAAAGUGUAAAAUCCUCUUUCAGCAAUGGAACUUGAAUUUUGUUACUGUAUACUGUAUUCUGUAUUUUAUCAAUUGUUUGAGAUUAUUGUUUAUAAUAUUUUUGCUGUUUAGUUGUUGUACGCAGUGUUGAGGUUUUAAGUCUUAAUUUAGUCUCUAUGCAAAAUCCUUUCCCAACAAUGUAAGUUGUGGGAUGAGUACAGUGUUGAAUUUUUUAAGCUGUCUUUCACGAAACAUAUUGCUUUUAAGCGUAGUCACCUGGAGAUGUCAGACCACUGGCACUGGUAUGCAGAUGUAGGUGCCAUUCAUGUCAGGUAUGAAAGUAAGUGUAUGAGAGUAAGUGCAUAAGUUAUGGUUUUAUUUUAGAUAUGUACAGUCACCAGAAGAUUUGGUUAUUGGGAUUGGGACGGGGACAUGGUUCUUGACUCUAUACUGGAUUUUCAUGUUGACUAUGCUAGUACUAAGUAAACCUAAAUUAUUGUCAUCUUCUUGAAUACCAUUUUCUUUACGUUGGUGUUUCACAUUAUUGUCAUCUAAUUAAAGGACACUUUUGGACUGGCUGCUGUGAUUUUGAGGAUCGGAGUAACUGUGUUUCAGCCUAUAUUUUCACAGGUUAAUUGGAAUAUCAAGCAUUGAUUUUCUGGCAGGUAAAUGGCUGUGCUGGAAAGAUGGGGAGAGCAGUGGCAGAAGCAGCACUCUCUGCUGGUCUUCAGCAUGUUCCUCUGUCUCUCACUAGUCUUCCUCUUGGGCAUCAAAAGGUCCAGAUAGGAGAUGUAGAAGUUGAUUUACGCAGUGCAUCGGAAAAAGAUGCUGUCUUUGAUUUGAUACUUAAAAAGUAUCCAAAUGUAGUUGUAGUCGACUACACAGUUCCUUCUGCUGUGAAUGAAAAUGCGGAACUUUAUUGUAGAAUGGGUGUGCCAUUUGUAAUGGGCACCACUGGUGGAGACCGAAAAAACCUAUUAGACGUGGUACGAAAGUCAAAUAACUAUGCUGGCAUUGUGCCACAGAUGGGAAAGCAGGUGGUUGCCUUUCAGGCAGCCAUGGAGAUCAUGGUGGAGCAGUUUCCUGGAGCUUUUUCAGGCUACAAACUUGAGUGUACAGAAUCUCACCAGUCAAGUAAGGUAGACACAUCAGGCACCGCAAAAGCAAUUGUUUCUUGCUUCCAGAGGCUUGGUGUUAGUUGUGACCUUGAUCAAAUAAAGAAAGUUAGAGAUCGCACAGAACAAAUUGAAAAAAUGGGAGUUCCGGAGAAUUAUUUGGGAGGUCAUGCAUUCCAUACAUAUAGGCUGACAUCUCCAGAUAACACGGUUGCUUUUCAGUUUCAACACAAUGUCUGUGGAAGGUCAAUAUAUGCCCAGGGUACUGUUGAUGCUGUGCUUUUCCUGGCAAAGAAGGUUAAGAGUAAUGCAGAGAAAAGGCUGUACAACAUGAUUGAUGUUUUACGAGAAGGAAAUAUGCGUUGAUAACAUUUUAUUUCUUCUGGCAGAGUUUGGUUCAGAUUAUUUUUCAGGUUAACCUCAAUGCGCAAAUAUAAUUUCAGAAGUUGCCUCAUUUGCUAGCAAAGAUAUUUCUUUUUCAGAUUUGAGGCAAUCCCUGUAUUGCUUGUCUAGAAUCUGUUUUACUGUACCUGCUUCAUUUGGAGAUGAUUCUUCUUGUGGAUGAUUAAAAUGAAGACAAGGCCGAGCAGUAUAAGCUAUGUAUGAUAUAACUUUUCCUUGCCUAUUAGGCAAUGGAUACAUAAUUCAAUAUUAUUAUUAAUUUCUUUAUGACAUCAA